GUGCAGCGCAUGCGUACAGCCGUGCGUUUGACAGACACACCGGUCGUAUCAAAAACAACACAAAACACAUUUAAUUGGAUUUAAAACUAAUUUAAUUUACAAUUAUUAUAAUCGCAUUACAACUAAAUUAAAAGCUAGUUUAGACCACCAAAUACCGGGAUGAAAUUAGUACGGUUUUUGAUGAAGUUAUCCCACGAGACGGUCACCGUUGAGCUCAAGAACGGAACAGUUGUGAGCGGAACGAUAGCGGGAGUGGAUGUGGCGAUGAAUACACACCUGAAGUCUGUGAAACUGUUGGGAAAGACGGGAGUCUCGCAGACACUGGACUCGCUGUCCAUUCGCGGCAAUAAUAUCCGCUAUUUUAUACUUCCGGACGCUUUGCCGUUAGAGACACUUCUGGUGGACGACACGCCGAAGGCUAAGGCCAAGAAACGCGAAGCCAUGGCCUCGAGAUCGGGCGCCGCGCGCGGAAGAGGUCGGGGACGCGGCCGAGGAGGGCGUGGAGGCGGUGGCGGAGGGGGUGGUGGCGGCGGUGGAGGAGGCGGUGGUGUCAGAGGGCCGUCCAAACGUCACUUUGAGAAUGCGAUCAAAGAGAGCAUUAUUGCGGUCCAGAAGUACAAAAGCGAUGAAUUUAUACCCGGAUUAGUGAUUGGUAUUAACUAUAAGGGAAAACACGUUUGGGUCAACAGUUUUGGAUUGUCUGAUGUGGAGAAUGAGGUACCGAUGAGAACCGAUACUGUCCUCAGGACUGGAAGUGUCACCAAAGCUAUUGAGACAACACUCGUCGCCAAACUCGUGGAAGAAUCCAAAAUAGUCUGGGAUUCAGAUAUCCAUCAAUAUAUCAGUGAAGAACUCUUUCCCACAAAACAAUGGGAAGGCAAAGCCGUGAACAUAACUGUCCGACAACUGAUGUCAAUGACGGGCGGUAUUAGAGAUUUAGACACUAAACGCGAUUUUCUCCACCGAAUACGUGAUUGUCAUAACGCGACCGACACUUUGGCCUACUUUUCGGCGGACCCAUUGGUGGCCAAACCGGGCGCACAGUUCCGGUACUCGAACUGGGGCUGGCAUUUGAUCGGCGCUAUCAUGGAAUCGGUCACUAAUCGGGACUAUGAGGUCAUUAUGCAUGAAAUGUUUAAAGAGUUUCACUUGAAUUCAACGCGACUGUCCAGACGUGAGGCGAUAAUCCCUCACCGGUGCCGCCCUUACACUCGUCAGCGGACACCCGAUAACAAAAACUGGAUCCUUAAAAGUGCGGCCGUUAUUGAAGAUUUAGGUCAACCGCUUCCGUGGCUACCGAUGGGUGGCGUUAUCACAAGUGUUCCCGAUUUGCUUACAUUCACUGAUAUCAUGAUAAAGAGUUACAAAAAUGGGGGUUAUCUAAAGUCGGCGACUGUUCGCGAACUCUGGACACCCAGACUAUCGGGUUAUGGUAUGGGAUGGUAUGGAAAACACGUUUGGGUCAACAGUUUUGGAUUGUCUGAUGUGGAGAAUGAGGUACCGAUGAGAACCGAUACUGUCCUCAGGACUGGAAGUGUCACCAAAGCUUUUGUGACGGCAGUCGUCGCUAAACUCGUGGAAGAAUCCAAAAUAGUCUGGGAUUCAGAUAUUCAUCAAUAUAUCAGUGAAGCACUCUUUCCCACAAAACAAUGGGAAGGCCAAUCGGUAAACAUAACUGUCCGACAGUUAAUGUCAAUGACGGGCGGUAUUAGGUCUACUCAAGAGAAGCGCGAUUUCCGGUUAAUACGCGACUGUCGUAACGUUACGGACACUUUGGUCUACUUUCGGGCGGACCCAUUGGUGGCCAAACCGGGCACAAAGUUUUUCUACUCGAACUGGGGCUGGCAUUUGAUCGGCGCUAUCAUGGAAUCGGUCACUAAUCGGGACUUUGAAGUCAAUAUGAAUGAAUUGUUCACUCAUUUUCAAUUGAAUUCAACUCAAUUGUCGCGACCGGAGCUCGUGAUCCCUCAUCGGUGCCGCUCCUAUACUCGCCAGCGGACACCCGAUAAGCAAAACUGGAUUCUCAAAAAUGCUGUGUUUAUUGAGGACUUGGGUCGACCGCUUCCGUGGCUACCGAUGGGCGGUAUUAUCACAGAUGUUCCCGAUUUGCUUAGAUUUACCGAUAUUAUGAUGAAACUCUACAAAAGUGAUGGUUAUCUAAAGUCGGCGACUGUUCGCGAACUCUGGACACCCAGACUAUCGGGUUAUGGCAUGGGAUGGUAUGUAAGCAAAUAUACUGACCCCAAGACCAACUCAACCGACAAACAGUUUAUCCAUUAUUCUGGUUCAGUGGCUGGCAGUGUAAACACUGUGGCAAUGGUUCCCGAACUCGACAUCUCUGUGGCAAUGAUAGCCAAUAUGGGCGGCAUUUCUUUGGAUUCAAUUGCUUUAUCUGUUUUGAAUCAUUUUGUUAAAGCGAUCCUUUGA